UGCCAAUUUCUCAAAAUUCAUAUUUUUAUUUUCAAACGACAUGACGUAAAGCAUCAUUUGUACAAAUAAAUUAUGAUGAAUGCAUAUGCAAAGCCUGAUUGCAAUGAUAUAAUUUUUAGCUAUUAUUUUUAUAACGAAGGUCUAAGUAUAUAUAAAUUUAAUCGUCAGAAUCUAGUUUCUCUAAUACUACUCAGGCUUGGCUUAAUUUGAUGUACCUGGUCUGCUGGACUGUUUGCUACCUAAUCAAUCUCUUCCACAACCCCUUUGGCCCAAGGAAAAUUUGGUAACUAAAGAAAUAUUGUACAUGGGAUCCUGGUGGAAUUAUCGAUUUCAUUUGUAUGCCAGUCUUAUUUCCUCCAUUUCUGUUAUCCAAUGAAGACGCAAACUCCUGGUUAAUAGUGAUGCAGCAUUCACAGAAUCUGAAUUGAAGCAUCAACAACCGACAUGUUCUCCAGGCCUUGCUCUCCAGAAGGACAAAUGGUCCACGACAAUCAGAACGCACUUCAAGAACAAACAGGAAAACUUGCACGGCAUAGAAUGUCAAAUGGAGCACACCCGAAGGAUGCAAAUUUAUGGCUUGUGUGAGCAUAAGAAGCUUUUUUCACAGGAUAAUAAGCAAAAUAGGUUCUUGGUCAUGGGCCCAUGAAAAUUAGGGUGCAUUAUGGGCGUGGAAUGUUAACAGAGCACCCAACUCUGCAAUUUCAUGGAUUGCAAGACUGGCAGGGCAGUAAGCCGAAUGGCUUCUUUUUGAGCUACAUUUCCUUCAUGACGUGAUAAUAACUGUGGAAUCAGAUACAAAGGAACAUUGAUGUGCUUUGAGUGCUAGAUUUUACUCUCAAACAUGAGAUCAUAACGCACCUCCACUCGUCAGUUCUUAGAAUAUCCAAGUGAGGCUCUGGGAAAGCCGUGAUCUUGACACAUUGGAGGGAAUGGCUUCACAGAUCUGCCUAUAGUACAUGACUGUAUAGACAACAUGAAAAAAAUAGAGAGAGAGAGAGAGAAAGUGAAAGGCACUUCUCAACAGUCAACUCAAAUGUGGAAUAUUAGAAAAAAUAACUUUUCUUGUGAUACUACGUCCGACGAUCUCAAUUAUGGUAUUUUUUGACAGCAGAGAAACUUGGGGAGGGUAAACCAGGAAAUAAGAUUAAAAGAACCAGUUUGAACAAAAUAGGUGCUCUUAAUUAAAUAGCUUCUAAACUUGAGGAAUGAGGAUGGGUACAUGAGGAAAUAAAAUGAAACAUUAGGCGGUUUUUGAGGAUAUGGUUAAAAAUAGGCUUCUAAAUGAAGAUCACCAAAAAAAUGCGCGUUGUUUUUUUUAACAAUAACUAGUCUUCAAGCAUUCGUCAAAGAGAUCCCAGGAACGUUGGGCGUCAUACACGGAGUCACGUGCUCUGCACAAGCACAAGUCCUUUCCCGAUGAGCUUUUUCCUUCCAUCUUUUUCGCGCCGUCGCGUGGAGAACCGCCACUCUUUCGAUCAAACGAAGGGAUUGAGAGUCGACUGGGAUCGAGGUUGACUUAGAAAUGGCGACCUUUUGGCAAAUGCGAUCGCCGUCACCACAACCAACCCUUCUUCCAAGGCUUCAACUUGUUCCCUUCAUUCCGAAGCAUCUCCCCACCGCUCCGUCUGCCAACCAAGUUUCACAAGUCCAAUCCUUCAGCCACACGAAGCGCCUUGGUUUGAAGCUCCACCCAGAGGCGGGAAGAUGGGUUCAGACAAGAGCUCAUGGUCUUGGUGGCCCUCUCAUAUCUUCGGACGAUCACUGGUCCACGUGGACUGCCCUCUUCGGCUUCGGAGCCUUUGGCAUUUGGUCAGAGAGGACGAGGAUCGGCAGUGCACUAAGUGGAGCCUUAGUUAGCACAUUGGUAGCGCUGGCCGCGAGUAAUUUAGGAAUUUUGCCUUCUGAAGCUCCAGCAUACUCGAUGGUCAUGGAGUAUUUACUUCCUCUUUCUGUUCCAUUGUUGCUGUUUAGAGCUGAUCUCCGUCAGAUAAUACGGUCGACUGGACGGUUACUCUUGGCUUUCUUGCUUGGCUCUGUGGCAACCACCUUAGGAACUUUGGUGGCCUUCCUGGUUGUGCCUAUGCGUUCACUUGGACAGGAUGGAUGGAAGAUAGCAGCGGCCCUUAUGAGCAGACAUAUUGGUGGAGCGGUGAACUAUGUUGCUGUAUCUAAGGCACUGAAUAUUUCUUCAUCAGUUUUAGCAGCAGGGCUUGCGGCGGAUAACGUUAUAUGUGCAUUAUAUUUCUCCUCACUUUUUGCAUUAGCUGCAAACAUACCUCCAGAGACAUCAACAGCAACAAAUAAAACUGAAAUGAAGAUGGACGGUGAGACAAGUAGCAAAACACAUGUACUAGAUACUGCGACUGCUCUUGCUUUAUCCUUCUCUAUCUGCAAAUUUGGUACAUUUCUCACAAAAGUGUUUCAUAUACAAGGAGGCAACCUUCCUACCAUAACAGGAAUUAUAGUAAUUCUGGCAACACUAUUUCCACAUCAACUUAACUCCCUUGCACCUGCAGGAGAAGGUAUUGCAUUGAUACUGAUGCAGGUCUUCUUUGCUGUAGUAGGUGCAAGUGGAAGCAUUUGGAAUGUCAUCCAUAAUGCUCCGAGUGUUUUCCUUUUUUCGCUGAUCCAGAUUGUUGUGCAUCUUGCUUUUCUCCUUGGAGUUGGAAAACUGUUGGGCUUUGAAAGGAAGCUUUUACUCUUGGCUUCAAAUGCAAAUGUUGGCGGUCCGACAACAGCCUGCGGGAUGGCAACAACUAAGGAAUGGCGCACACUAAUGGUACCAGCUAUACUUGCAGGCAUAUUCGGAAUAUCUAUUGCAACUUUCCUUGGUAUCGGUUUCGGGUUCCUGGUACUGAAAACUUUGGCAUGAGCGUUCAUAUGGAUGAAGAGAUGCUCCCACCUGUUAACGUGAUGAAUGGAAGCGCUCCACCAAUAAGCCAAUUGCUGCAUUUUCCUUGUCUCAAUCAGGUAAUUUCCUGGAAAGUUCUGUUCUUCCUGUCCCUUUUGAUUCACUGCACUGAACUGAAUAUCUAAAAGAAAUAAAAUAUAACCAAGGUGUAUCUUCUUUAUCAGAAGUAUUUUAUUAGUCAAGUUCAUCUCA